AGUCCAGCACUGGUCCUCUGCCUUCACUGUUCCAGCAUGUGUUCGAUAGAGAGUCAUCAUCAGGCUGGAACAAAGGGAAAUCAAACGGCACCAGGCCAUUUUGCUGAUAUGUAAAUCUACCUCAUUUGGGUAUCAAAGACUUGCCACACUCUGCACAUUUUGUUUAUCGAUAAAUACUUUGAUGCGGCAGCAGCAAAGAAUGAGGUCUACAGCACGUCCAAAUGGGGAAGAUCACGUUCUUUGAAGAGAAGAAGUUCCAGGGCCCCUGCUACAACUGCAGCAGCGACUGUGCCGACCUGCACACGUACUUCAGCCGCUGCAGCUCCAUCCGAGUGGAGAGCGGUGCGUGGGUGAUCUACGAGAAGCCCAACUACAAGGGUUUCCAGUACGUCCUCAGUCCUGGCGAGUAUGCCGACAACCAGCAGUGGAUGGCGUUCAGCGACAGCGUCAAAUCCUGCCGCGCCAUAAAGAAUGUCUAUGGUAGUGCCUGGAAGCUGAGGCUGUACGAGAGGCCAGACUUUGGAGGGCAGAUGGUGGAGUGCUGUGACGACUGCCCCUCAGCGUACGAUGCCUACAAGGUUCGUGAGGCGUACUCCUGCGUGGUGACCGACGGUGCCUGGGUCUUCUACGACCUCCCCAACUACAGGGGGCACCAGUACUGCGUCGAGCGAGGUGAAUACCGGCAGCACAGUGACUGGGGGGCGGCCUCGCCCGAGGUCGCCUCCUUCCGCAGGAUCACAGAGUUUUAGUUCUGGGUCUUAAUCUUUAAGUGAAGCUAGAUGUCUGGACUUCACCAUCAAUAAAUGAAAAGCAAACUGUGA